ACCUGCAAAAUAGAGAACAAUACCAGCUCAAAGGACUGUUCCUUGUUCCCUUAGCUUCUCCUUUGGUGCAGAAGACUACUAAUAACAUUGACAAAUCAUGGCACUUUAGAGACUACACUGUUGCCAAAUUAGUCCUACACUGGUGAAAAGAAUGUUUCCCUCACUGCGCAUAAUUCCCAAAGUGACAGAAGAAAGUGGAAUGUCUCUAAGAAUUCUCAUUAUACCAUAGCAACUUGUAUUUACAAUAAAAACUCUAUUCUUUACAUACGUUACACUGGGGCCUCAUAACAACAUUACAAGGUCAUACAUCAUUUUCCAUUCAUUAACCCACAGUCCCCUCUAAGACUUCUAUAUGCACACAGAAAGAGUUCUUGAAUGUGAGGAAGGGGUGCAUGCUAGAGGCCACCCCCAGAGUCCAGCUGCCCACAUUGUGAGUUUACUGAGAAGUCAGCAUGAGGGCUGAGCUGUCUGUGGGCUCCGAGACGGAGAUCUGGGAGACCGCAGUCAUGCAGGAGAGGAGCCAGUCGCUGUACUCCCCGGUGGCCAACCCGUUCCUGCAGCAGACACACAUCAGUGCGUGGCGCUGGGCCCGCGCCAUCCUCCUGGGGACUGUGCUGGUGCCCAUGCGGGUGGCCUGCCUCGCCUUCCUCUUCAUCCUCCUCUGGCCUGUGGUCGUGCUUUCCACCUUUGGUCUUCCUGCUCAACGGGUCGAACCCACCAAAAGCUGGAGAAAAAAUCUGAUGAAACCAGUACUUACAUUCCUGUUUCAGGUGGCGAUCUUUUUUUGGGGGUUCAUGGUUAAAGUGAAAGGGAAAAAGGCGACUCGAGAUGAGGCCCACAUCUUCGUUACAGCGCCACACUCCACUUUCUUUGAUGCAAUCGCCUGCGUUGAGGCGGGCUUACCCUCAGUGGUCUCUGCAAGUCAAAACGUGCAGGUCCCAAUAGGUGGGAAACUCCUCCUGUUAACAGACCCAGUACUUGUGACCCGAGAAGACCCUGAUUCUAGAAAGAAUACCAGGAAUGAAAUCUUGAAGCGAGUGACAUCUGGAAGGAAGUGGCCGCAGAUUCUGAUUUUUCCAGAAGGAAUAAAGAUGGUAUCAUAGACUUCAGAGAGUACAUGAUAGGCCUGACUGUCCUGUGUAAUCCUGCCAACACCGAAAAGAUUCUGCAAAUGUCAUUUAAGCUUUUUGAUCUUGAUGAAGACGGUUUCAUAAUGCAACAGGAAUUCACUGCUAUACUUCGGGCAGCUUUUGGAGUGCCAAAUCUUGAUGUUGCCGGUCUCUUUCAGGAAAUAGCUGGAAAGAGCUCAACACAUAUCUCAUACAACACUUUUAGGGAGUUUGCCGUGAAGCAUCCGGUGUAUGCCAGGGUAUUUACUUCGUAUUUAGAUCUCCAGGGAGCCCAUGUAUAUUCAUUACCACAAGAAAUACAGCCCUAGUCAUUGUGUUGAAAUGUUGAAGUCACCGCUGAACAUCGUGAAAGUACCUUCUAUGCAGAAAUUUUGGUUGAAAUAAAAAUUUUCCUUUGAGGAAAAA